ACUACAAUCAUGUCAGUUACAUGCUUAUAUUAUUCUACCUCUUAUUAUACAUAAAAUUAUUAGAAACCAAGAUUGUAAUUAAAGAUUCUGGUUUGGCAACAAUAUCCAGAGGCGACAUGGCGAUGAUCCUUUACGUAACCGUUGAAAAUUUGUGCGAAAGCAACUACCACAUCUACGCCAAGAUGGUAAAAUGCUGCGAGGUGUUUGCACCGAACGAUAUGGACUGCCGCACGAUGCAACUGAUCGGAGGGGAUAUGGGCUGGUUAGCACCGCACUCCGCGAAGAACAUCUCGCUAAUUUCUCCAACACUGUACUUGCACAACAGAUUUGGACACUGCCUUGUUUCAAUAACCUAUAACUCCAGUGAGACCAGCGUUAACAUACAGUUCAACACGCUGAUUACGCAAUUUACCGCAGAACUGCUAGAUUACUGCGGAGAUAAAAAUACGACCCAAUGCGACACUGUGGAUCUGGACCCACUAAGCGAGUGCGAACCGGUGAAUUGUCAGAUGAAGUAUUUGGGCGCGCGUAAUUACUUCAAUUGCAAAUGGAGACGUUGCCAAAAGGUUCCGCUAUGUGUAGCAGAUCCCGACAAGUCACUACCUGACGUGUCCUAUGUACCGCUCAAUAACCAGUGCCGAGACUUAGAGGAUAUAAACUUAAAAGACUUACAAGAGUUGCAACAGGACCUUUGGAGAGGUGAAGUCGGGCCAAGGGUAUCGGUAACGCGACCACAGCCGAACAUUCGCUGCAACCAUGGAAAGAUGAACGAAGAUAGCGGAUUUUGCACGUGCGAUGAUGGAUGGACAACUACAGCAGUUGAUGGAAAUCAAUACGAACCGACCUUGGCAAUCUAUCACAUGUGCAACACAGAAAUCAUUCCCGUAAGGUCAAAAGCUGGCCACUUCUUUUACGUCGUUUUUGUGACAGGGGCGUCUAUUGCCCUACUUCUUCUACUGACUUCCUUCCUAUGCCAUCUAAGCUACAGGUACAUUUACGACUUGCACUGUGUGUCAUCCUUUGACUUGUCAGAUGUGAGCAGCUGCUACUGUGGGGCUAUACGCCAGUUGACUGUGACCGAACCAAUAUCAAAUCAAUCACAAUUCUGUAACUGCUGCCGUAAUGCCUACGAGUCACUUCCAACACAAACAGUUGGUACCAAUUUUGAAGAACAACAACCGCCGAUAGUUGCAAGCGAAGAUGGUGUUUCGUACCCAACAACAUCAAUACAGCAGAUCUCGGACCACACCUCUGAAUAUACAACCGAAGAGGAAUUAUCCGACUUUUGAUCUCUUUCUCUA